AUGUCGAACGACAACAUUGGGGCAGCAAAGGUGAGCCUAUGCUGAGCAGCUUUGCGGUCGCAUGUCUCGAGCCUCAAGAUUGGCUUCCAUUUGUCUUCGCAUUAGUCCAUUUUGAUCACAGGCUGCUCCAGAGAUGGCUUGGGGUACGAGCUCGCCAAGUCUAUGUUCGCCGCUGGAUGGAUAGUGAUAGCUACUGCAAGUUUUUCUCGGCUCCGCUUGAUCUGAGCGCUUGCCCGAACUUGUUCGAGCUGACUGGUCUCUGUAUCACCAGGCUCGCGAUAUGACCAAGCUUGAAGGACUCGCGCCAGGCAUCCUUCGAGUGGAGCUCGAUCUCAUCGAUGCAGCUAGCGUCCGUCGUGCCGCCGAGAAAGCUUUAGCACUCAGUCAUGGCCGAGUUGGUAAGCACGACUUCGAGCGUCGCUCUCUUUGCGUGCUGAUAACCGACCUAACAGCAAAAUUGAUCCUGUCCUCUUGCGCAGACGUCAUUGUGCACAACGCGGGCGUCAAAAUCCUGGUCCCCUUGAUCGAACAGACUCAGAGGCAGAUCGCAGAGCAGUCGAGAUUAGCGGUACGUUCAACCGCAGAAACUGGCUGCCAGACUUCUGCUGAUCAUGACCUCACAACGACCAGAUGGAAGGACCUCUCCUCCUAACGCAGGCGCUUAUUCGGCCACUUGUGGACCACGGGGACGGCCAAGUGAUCUUCAUUGGCUCGAGCAGCGCGUGA